AUGUCUUUCCAGAAUUUUGCGUUGGUCCCAUCGUCUGGGGAGAAUGAUUAUCAGAGCCAGACCGAUACAGUAACUGCAAAGCAGAGCCACAGUAUUUUCCCUUUUAUUGAGGGUUUGCUGCGCCAGGAACAAAGAUCGAAGCGUUACCAAGGGCAACUGGAGUCGAGAAUUUCUGCCGAUUCGGCGGAGUACCAGCGAUCACGUGCCUAUUCCUUUCAGCUACAGAGAACGGUUCACGAACUACAACAUCACAAAGCACAGCUGGAGAUAUCUCUGGCGCAUACAGCAGAUGCUUGUCGUGUAAUAGCUCGCGACCUUGGCCUCGAGAGAGCGAGGGUUCAAGAGCUUGACUCCCGUCUCACUGAAGUAUACCCAAGUAUCGACUUACUGCUACAAAGACUAGCACCUGCAGACAACAUGAGUCCACAAAAAGAAGAUGGGCUGAAUGGACAUUUUCUACUCGAGAACCAACGCCAACAAGAAGUGAUUGCAAGCUUGCAGUCCAUGCUCCAGGCGCGCGAGGAGGCGAUCAAGGAGCUGAAGUACAAGCUAGAGCAAGUGAGACAAGAAACAAGCUUGGUGGGUCUUGUCGACCCGGAGAAUUUGAAAGAUGAAUUCUCUGAAGAUUCUUGCUUGGAAAUCAUCACUCAGAGUCCUGCCCCAGCAAAAGAACAUUGA